GACACGGGGAGAACAUGCAAACUCCGCACAGAAAGGCCCUCGCCAGCCGCUGGGCUCGAACCCGGACCUUCUUGCUGUGAGGUGACAGCGCUAACCACUACACCACCAUGCCGCCCUGCGAUGGCAUCUCGCUGCGCACUUAAAGCCGUGCUCAUUGAUCUAAGUGGGACUCUUCACAUCGAGGACGCGGCUGUACCUGGAGCUCAGGAAGCACUCGCAAGGUUGCGUUGUGCUCCAGUGGCUGUCAAAUUUGUAACGAACACAUCAGAAGAAUGUAAGAGGACGCUCCUUGAACGACUGCGACGUCUCAGCUUUGACAUAGAAGAGCGGGAGAUCUUUACCUCACUGACUGCAGCUCGAAACCUGUUGGAGCAGAAGGAGAUGCGCCCCCUGCUGCUGGUGGAGGAUAGUGCACUGGAGGACUUUACAGGUAUACAAACUUCAGAUCCGAAUGCUGUUGUGAUUGGCUUAGCGCCAGACCACUUCAACUAUGAGAUGCUUAACAAAGCUUUCAGGCUCAUUCUAGAUGGUGCCCCUCUCAUCGCCAUCCAUAAAGCCCGUUACUACAAGAGGAAAGACGGCCUGGCGUUGGGACCCGGACCGUUUGUGACGGGGCUGGAAUAUUCCACUGACACACAGGCCACUGUUGUGGGCAAACCAGAGAAAACCUUUUUCCUGGAAGCGCUGCGGGAUCUGAACUGCAGCCCUGACGAGGCCGUAAUGAUCGGAGAUGAUGCUAGAGAUGAUGUUGGCGGAGCUCAGAACACAGGCAUGCUGGGAAUAUUAGUCAAAACCGGUAAAUACAGAGCAGGUGAUGAAGACAAAAUAAAUCCUCCUCCUCACCUGACCUGUGAGAGCUUCCCCGAAGCUGUGCAUCACAUCCUUCAACAUCUGCUAGACACCAAAUAACUUUUGUGGUGCUGUUUAAAGGUUAAUUUAACAUGUUUAUACUGUAUGUGUGCCAAAAACACAGUAUAUAGUAAUUAAUUCUGCAGCACUGUGUUAAAAUGUUAAAAUGUCUGCUGAUGGACUGGAAUGUGGUUGUAGAUUUGUGUUGGUUUCACUCGUCCUCCUGCAUUUGUCUUCUGACCAAAUAAUAUGUCAUUCUUACCACAACCACUGUAAAAAAUAAAAUGCCUUGAAUGUUUCCUAUGACAGCGUUACACUCCAGACUCCAGGCUUGUACGAUGAAGAUGAGCCGAUGUUAUAAAGAAUAAAAACUACACAGAUUUAAAAUA